AUGCCACCCGAUGAAGUAGUUGUUAUAAAAAGUGAAGAUGAGUUUGAAGAUGACAGUGGUGAUGAGUUUGAAGAUGACAGCGAUGAUGAAAUGGAGCUUGCACUACUUGAUUCUAACCUCGCUCAAAUACAGACUAAAAUAGAUAACCUGGUCGAUCAGAAGGAAACAAUCCUGGCAAAGAAGGGUGUGGUGCUGGGCAGAAUGAAAGAAAAAAAGUGUCGUCAAACCUCGCGAGAGAUCGCUUCUCAACGAGCUAAGACAAACAUCAUUGCCCCAUUGAUGGUGGAAAAGCUCAAGAAACUAGCUAACGAGAACUUUGGUAUCAAGGAUUUCCGUCCUUUACAGCUUGAGACUAUGUUGAUGACACUGCGAGGAGAAGACUGUAUCCUGAUAAUGCCCACCGGAGGGGGGAAGAGUCUGACGUUCCAAUUACCAGCUUUAGCAGCUCCAGGGGUCUCUGUUGUGGUUUCUCCUCUCAUAUCCCUCAUGGAGGAUCAGGUGUCAGGGCUGAAGAAGCAAGGACUUGAUGUCGCCAUGAUAACUGGUUCAACUCCUCAAGAUGAACAAUCUCUGAUCCUCAAAAAAAUGUCUGACCCUAACUCCAAACUUAAACUUGUUUACGUUACACCUGAGAAAAUAUCCAAAGCAAAAAGGUUUCAGAGUGCUAUGGAGAAAAGCUAUGAAGCAGGUCUGCUUGCUAGAAUUGUUAUAGAUGAAGUGCACUGUGUGAGCCAAUGGGGACACGACUUCAGACCUGAUUAUAAGAUACUUGGAACUCUAAAGAGACAAUAUCCCAACACCCCGAUUCUUGGUCUGACAGCUACUGCAACAGAUAAAGUUCUCGCUGAUGUACUGAGUGUACUACAUUUGAACCACUGUAAACCUCUGAGAGCUGGGUUUAACAGAUCUAACCUUGUGUAUGAAGUACAACAGAAAGGAAGCAACCCUCAGGCUGUUGCCGACCAAAUUGCUGAUAUGAUUAAAGGAAGGUUUGCUGGUCAGAGUGGUCUGAUCUACUGCUUCUCAAGAAACGACUGUGAGAUAGUGAUGAGCAGUCUCGCUAAGUUAAACUUGAAGGUGGAUUAUUACCAUGCUGCUCUGAGUGUAGCUGAACGCAAGGUAAUACACCACAAGUGGCUACGGAAUGAGCUACAGUGUAUAGUUGCUACAGUCGCCUUUGGUAUGGGAAUUGAUAAGAAGGACGUGAGGUUUAUAAUCCACCACACUAUAAGUAAGAGUAUAGAGAACUACUACCAAGAGAGUGGCAGGGCAGGGAGGGAUGGUCUAACUGCACAUUGUGUACUCUUGUUUACACCAUCCGAUCUCUUCAAGAUAACAACCAUGACCUGUCAGGAAAUAUCUGGUACUGGUAAAGCGUACGAGAUGUUGGGGUACGCAAUAAGCACUGAAUGCAGACGCGCUGCACUUGCAUGUCACUUCGGUGAGGAUGUGGGCGCUGCACAGUGCAAGAAAAUGUGCGACAACUGCAAGAGUGAUGUAGAAAUUGUCAAGAAAGAUAUGACGUUCUAUGUUCAGGAGCUUCUUAAUGUCCUUGACAAAAAAGACAAAGACUUGACGUUUGCGAUGAUAAUAUCAGAAUGGAAGAGUAAGCGAUCAGCAAAGACAAAGAAAGUAGUAAACACUUACCUUGAUAAGAUAAUAGUCCACUGUUUGCACGAAGGAGUUUUAAAAGAGAAAUUCAAAGCUGGAAUGUAUAAACCGUUCUCGUACUGCGAAGAAGGAAUGUACGCUCGUGCUGUGAAGCACGGAACUAAAAAAGUCUACAUGAACAUUCCUCAUUCACAUUCCCCUCAGUUCGUAGCUACUUCUGAAACUCAGUCUGUUUUAGCGAUAGCACCCGAAAACAAGGCUCCUACUCACAAGAUAUUGACAAAAUCCAAAGCUAAAUCUACGUCAACAAAGAAACGAAAAGCAAUAGUAUUUGAUAGUGACAGCGACUGAAAUCGUUCAAAACACUUUUUAAUUUUUUUAAUAAAAUUAUUUAAUUUAUUACUCAUUGUGUUUUAUCUAAUUUAUACUUUUUAACAAUGUUGGGAAUGUUGACCAGCUGCUAAAUAUUCUGAAUUUUUGCCCCGUUUUUAAUCAGCAGUUUGUAACAUGAAUCAAGUAAGAUUUCUUUUUCUACAAGCUCCAACAAUACCGCAAGUAAUUUGACUUUUUUAGUACAUGAGUUGCCAUAUGUCGAGCAGCAGCCACUAGUGACAUUAGUUCCAGUACACAGUGUACAAUAUUGUACACAGUGUACAAUAUUGUAUUCCCAGUGUGCACUGCUGUAGUUGCUAGCAUUAUCAUGAUCUCUUUUGUGGACCAAUUAGCAGCGAGAUUCGCCACUCGCCGUUCUUAUUGUACCAUUUUGAAGACAUUUCACUGUCAAAAUCUUUGUUUUGUUGUUUGACGCUAUGAUGAAAAGAUUUGUGUGCGUUGAAUAUUUUGAAUUAUAUAUCAGGAGUUUUAUUCGAUAUGUUGUAAAAUGUUGAUGAUUUAUCUACUGUAACGUGCGUGCUUGUGCUUGCCACCGGACCAAAAUUUGUUGAUGUAUUUUACUUUGGGAAGUCAAUUAGUUUUUUGUGAAAUCUGUAUGAACUUUAAACAUUAAUUUGAAAUUUGAACACAUAUUCAAAUCGUGAACACUGAUCUGAAACUAGAAAAAUUAGACCAUAAUUGUUAAAACAUAGACAUUUUAUUUUAAUAUAAUAUUGUAGCUUGUAUCUUGUGUUUGU